AUGGGGAGGUCACUAACGGGAACCGUGAUCAUCACCGGAGGAAAUGGCUCACUAGGAUCCGAGAUCGCCGUGGCCAUCGCCAAGACACAACCCUUUACACAUCUCCUCCUCACAGCCCGACAUCCCAAACGACAAGAUGCCCGGGACUUGAUCUCACGAAUCCGACAAAUUGGGCCCCGAUCUAUCGAGAUCCUCAGUCUCGACCUCACCGACCUUCAAUCAGUGACUAGUUUUGCCCAUCGGACGAUCGAGCGAGUACGAAGCAGAGAAAUCCCGCCUAUCUCCAACCUAAUUCACUCCGCCGCUGUUGCAUCGUACACCGUCGACGAACUCACCCUGGACGGCUAUGACCCAGUCUACCAGACCAAUUGUGUCGCACCAUUCUUCCUCACAGUCGGCUUACUCGAGGCGUUCCGCGCAGGCGAUGGAACCCCCGACGGAGGCGCGAAAGUGAUCUACAUCGGCUGCUCCACAGCGUCAGAAGGUCGGCUCGAUUUCUUCGACCGUGAGCAAGGGCGCGAUACGCGGCCGCCGGGGACGAUCUUGAGUGCCAAGGAAGGGAAUAUUCGAUUCGGGAGUAGCAAGCUUCUUGCAAGCGUGGCGUUAUAUGCAUUGCGACGCAGCCUGGCCAGUACUGGCAGCAUCGCGCUGGACAUCUUCACGCUAGAUCCCGGGGGUAUGGCCGGGGAAAGCCACCUGAGAACAGGGGCCCCCUUGUCGGUACGGGUGGCACAUCAGACGCGGUCGGGGCUGGGACCGAUUCUGCGGAUGGUAUCGCGCAGCUCGAUCAACAAGGCCAGUGUUCCGGCCAAGGCGAUCGCCAAAGUCGCAUUCCGUCGGGCUUCGGUGGAGCAGGCCGAGAGGUACUUUAUCCUAGAUGGUGAGUACGAGGCCGCAUCCGUCCUGGGGACACUUCGCCAAGGUGCAACGAUGGAAUCGUUGUUGGUGCGGAUGAUGCGACAGGUAGAGGGGAGUUCGAAGGGAUCGCCCGUGUCGAUUAGUCCUGCACCGACGACGUAUUAA